AUGUUCUAUGCAUUCCAGGUGGAUGACGAUAGCUAUCUGAUAGCCUACAAUGACACCGUACACAAACAUGGCCUCAUAACGUCAAUGCUCGGCCUUGAGUUGACAGUUGAUGGACGUCACUUUCGGGACGGUGUGAUGCGCGUUAAAUGCCUGGCAAGCAUAUCGCCAGUGCUGUGGAGUGGCGACAAGGAGAGCGUGCUGCAGCGUCGGCGUGGCAUUAUUGACAACCGAGAGGCAAUGCUGUUGGUACAUGGCUCUGCUGUGCGCCUGCAUCCUCUGGACACUACUCUGCGCACUUGGCGUCUGCUCGCCAGCGUCACGGCACUAAUAAAAAUAUGUCAAUUAAUAUUGAGCACAAAAUUAACAUAA